UCGCCCCUGAAAAAGACCUUAGCAGGGAGCUGAAUCUGCCUUAGCCUCUCGGGGAAUCUUGCAGGGCCCCUUCCGCCUGUCACCCCGACUGCAGACUUCCUCUCCAGGACAGAUUCAGGAUGGUUCCCUGGCCCUGCAUCCUUCAGCCUCCUGCUAACCCCUUCUCCUCACAGAGGAGCCCCACCUCCUCAGAGCAAGGGGCUGGCCUGUGCUAUUUCUGUCCUUUCUGGGAUUCUUCUGAGAACAGACUCUUGUUUUCAGACUGGUUCAGAUGUGAAACUUUUCCCGAGGCCUCUCACCCAGUUGCUGUGGGCUGGGUCUCUGCCUCAUCACUCCUUCCUCGAGCCAGGCCCCUCCCGUUCCCCUCCCCAAAGUUCUCUCUGGUCAAUCGCUCAGUUCUGCUGAGACCUGGAGCAGGAAGUCAGGGGCCCAAGAGGGAGUCAUUCCCGUCAGGGGCCCCGGGGCCCCGGGGCCAGCAUUUUGAUGCUCUAAAGUCGCAAACUCAGACUCUCAUGGCAAACCCUGUUCCUGUGCAGAGGAGCCACCUCCAGGGCCCCAUCCUCAGGCUGCGCUACAUGGUGAAGCAGUUGGAGAGCGGGGAGGUGAACAUUGAGGAGCUGAAGAAAAACCUGGAGUACACAGCGUCUCUGCUGGAGGCCGUCUAUAUAGACGAGACGCGGCAAAUCCUGGACACAGAGGACGAGCUGCAGGAGCUGCGGUCGGACGCUGUGCCUUCGGAGGUGCGGGACUGGCUGGCCUCCACCUUCACCCAGCAGGCCCGGGCCAAAGGCCGCCGAGCAGAGGAGAAGCCCAAGUUCCGGAGCAUCGUGCACGCUGUGCAGGCUGGCAUCUUCGUGGAGCGGAUGUUCCGGAGAACCUACACCUCUGUGGGGCCCACCUACUCCGCUGCAGUCCUCAACUGUCUCAAGAACCUGGACCUCUGGUGCUUCGAUGUCUUUUCCUUGAACCGGGCAGCAGAUGACCACGCCCUGAGGACCAUUGUUUUUGAGUUGCUGACUCGGCAUAACCUCAUCAGCCGCUUUAAGAUUCCCACUGUGUUUUUGAUGACUUUCCUGGAUGCCUUGGAGACAGGCUACGGGAAGUACAAGAACCCUUACCACAACCAGAUCCACGCGGCUGAUGUCACCCAGACUGUCCACUGCUUCCUGCUCCGCACGGGGAUGGUGCACUGCCUGUCGGAGAUCGAGAUCUUGGCCAUCAUCUUUGCUGCAGCCAUCCACGACUACGAGCACACAGGCACUACCAACAGCUUCCACAUCCAGACCAAGUCGGAAUGUGCCAUCCUGUACAAUGACCGCUCCGUGCUGGAGAAUCACCACAUCAGCUCUGUUUUCCGAAUGAUGCAGGACGACGAGAUGAACAUCUUCAUCAACCUCACCAAGGAUGAGUUCGUAGAGCUGCGGGCCCUGGUCAUCGAGAUGGUGCUGGCCACAGACAUGUCCUGCCAUUUCCAGCAAGUGAAGUCCAUGAAGACGGCCUUGCAGCAGUUGGAGAGGAUUGACAAGUCCAAGGCGCUGUCCCUCCUGCUCCACGCUGCUGACAUCAGCCACCCAACCAAGCAGUGGUCGGUCCACAGCCGCUGGACCAAGGCCCUCAUGGAGGAAUUCUUCCGCCAGGGUGACAAGGAGGCAGAGCUGGGCCUGCCCUUCUCCCCGCUGUGCGAUCGCACUUCCACUCUUGUGGCACAGUCCCAGAUUGGCUUCAUUGACUUCAUUGUGGAGCCCACCUUCUCUGUGCUGACGGACGUGGCUGAGAAGAGUGUUCAGCCCCAGGCAGAUGAGGACUCCAAGUCUAAAAACCAACCCAGCUUCCAGUGGCGGCAGCCUUCUCUGGAUGUGGAAGUAGGAGACCCCAACCCUGACGUGGUCAGCUUCCGCUCCACCUGGACCAAAUACAUCCAGGAGAACAAGCAGAAAUGGAAGGAACGGGCAGCAAGUGGCAUCACCAACCAGAUGUCCAUUGACGAGCUGUGCCCCUGUGAGGAAGAGGCCCCGUCCUCCCCUGCCGAAGAUGAACACAACCAGAAUGGGAACCUGGACUAGCCUGGGGCUGGCCCAGGUCCUCACUGAGUCCAGAGUGUUCGAUGUCAUCAGCACCAUCCAUCGGGACUGGCUCCCCCAUUUUCUCCAAGGGAGCAUGGAGGUUGCGAACAGACAACCCACCCGAAGGCCACAUGCCAGAGAUUGUGGGGUUGGGGGAAGGGCCCCUCCCCACCCGACACCCAUUGGGGUGCACUGUAAUCUCCCGGCAGCAGACUGGGGAACUUCAGGCUCCCAGUGGUCACUGUGCCCAUCCCCCUGCCCCUGGACUCCCCCCAUGGCCAGAUGGCUGGCUGGGAGGGGCGAGCUUCCUGGAGGCUUCCCAGGGCCUGGGGGGAGGGUCAGAGAUGCCAGCCCCUGGGCCCUCCCCCAUCCUUUUUGCCUCCAAGUUUCUAAGCAAUACAUUUUGGGGGUUCCCUCAGUCCCCCACCCCAGAUCUUAGCUGGCAGGUCUGGGUCCCCCUUUUCCUCCCCUGGGAGGGGCUGGAAUAGGAUAGAAAGCUGGGGGUUUUCAGAGCCCUAUGUGUGGGGAGGAGAGUGGGCUCCUUCAGGGCAUGGUACCUUUCUAGGGCCUGGGAGUUGGGGGGACAUCUUUACCCCAGACCUGCACUGCUUCAGCCCCAUCCCCAGCCCAAGUCCCUGCAGUCUUCCCUCUCUCCCAUUCUGAAACAGCGACUGGGGGAAGAGAGGACCCAUUGGGACCAGGGGCUGAGAGGCGGCCUUUCCUGGGGUCCUCAAGAACUUGGGACUGGUCCAGGCCCCUGGGGCUUAUCCCCCCGCCCCGGCUGAGUUCUGAGCCCGUGGCCUCCUUCCUCUCCCCUGGGGCUGGGAGGCUCCCAUCCGACCAAUGUCUGUAAAGUGCUUUGGGGUCUCCCCAGCAAAGCACCUUCAGGAUGCAUCUUCGAGCACAGGCAGGAGACCAGCUGGGUUGGGUCAAGGGUGCGUGGGGGGGGUGAGGUAUAUGCAGUAAUUCUGCGUUGCCAACAGAGAGGGCCCCUCCCCUCCCAGCACUGGCCCAGCUGCAGGCACCAAAAGGCCCCUCCCCUGGGACAAGUGGGGCGUGGUGGGUGCAAGGCAGUUGGGCAGGGGCUCUGGGCUGCUGCUGUCGUGUCCUCUGAAGUCCCCAGCCAGGCCCGUGCCCCUUCCUCUCCUCAGGCUCCUCUCACCCCACCUUGUCCCAGGGGAGGCCCGAGUCCAGGUGACUGCCCUCCUCCUUUCUUGUAAAUACCAACCAUGCAUUUGUACAGUGGGCCGUGUGUGUGUGGAGUCCCUAGCCACGGCCUCUUAGGCCUGCCCCCCGACACUUGUCCCUCCUGCCCCACUGUGAGUGGGGCAGAGAUGCAUGUGACUCACCCCUGCCCUUGGUCUCCCUGAACCCUGCUAUAGCCAGAGAUCAAUAAAGAAGGGAGACCAGGCC